CUGUGAACAAAGGGCACUUGCCAAGAAGGUAAACCCAUUUUACUUUGGGAUAUUACUGUAUAAGAAGUAAGAGUACACAUCAAUUACCAGCAGAAACUGCCUUGCCUACCGUCAAAAUGAAGUUCACUAUUGUGAUUGCUUUUCUUGGAGUCCUCCUGGCUCCAGCUCCUGCCGAUAAGAACAGCAAGGAAAACAUUAAGAGGUACCAUGGUGAAUAUUCACACUAUCCUUUGGAUGACACUGCAGUCGACUCCGGCUCAAAUAAGCACUCUGAGAUCUGGAAAACUGUCUGGGACACCAAGACUGGCUACAUUGCAACCAAGGUAUUUACAAAAAAGACCUGCAUCAUUAGUAAAGCUGACACAAGAUUCUUCUUCCCUGCUAAUGAACGAUUUUCUGCACCACCUCAGGGAGACAAGGAGUCUAGACCUCAGCACCUUCCACCCAGAGAGAAUCGUUACAUUAUCUCAAAAAACAGACUCCAUAACUUGCGCCCAUAUGGAGAACGCAUUCAAAAUCUGUGCCAAGGAACACCCUCUUACUUUGCUUACCCAACCCCUGGCUCAAACUUUUUAAGGGAAGAUGUCCCAUGUUUGAAAGCUAACAUGAAAAAAGUGUUAUUUGUUUACUGUGGUUUAUAGAUCUUUUCCUGGUUAAAUUUGGAAGAAGAAAUUAGACCUGUGUACCCAUGAAGAUACUUUUUCUUUUCUUUUUUUUUCCUUCUUUUCUUGGUAAUCUUAUCUUGAUCAUAUUUUCAAUCAUUUAUCUGCCUUCUUUUCUGCUCUCUGUGAAGCUUAGUGUCUCUCAGUAAAAUUCAUCAUUAACCUGCACUGGUCUGUGCUGUGUUUUUACUGAUCCUUUUAAAAAGCAGAAAUAACCCCAAAGAAAAGUUCCUAAACUACCAUUCCUACAAAAUCCCAUUUUAGGCUUUUAAAUCAGAUCCUGUAGUAUUUCCCAAUGAGAUUUCAAAUUACCAUAAGAAAUUUCUCAGCAUUGCUAAAAGC